GCCAACAACACACGACGACGCCGACCGCCCGCCGCCAUGUCUUCCAGCUCGCAGGUCGCCGAGUCGUGGAUCACGUCAUUCUGCAAUCUGCUCGGCCAUGAGUACUUUGCCGAGGUGUCGGAGGACUUCAUCGAGGACGACUUCAACCUCACCGGGCUGCAGUCGCAGGUGCCCAUGUACAAGGAGGCGCUGGAGAUGAUACUGGACGUGGAGCCGGAGGAGGACGACGAGGAUGACGAGGAAGAGGACGACGACGAGGACGACGACGAGAUACUGGGCGACGACAAGCCGAUGGGGUAUCGGCGGGGCGUGGGAGGCGUGGGAGGAGUCGUCGGCGGGGGAGGGGCAGGAGCGGGCGCGGCAGAGCGGCGCCACCUGCGCAUGGCGUCGGACCUGUCGGUGAUUGAGAGCAGCGCGGAGCUGCUGUACGGGCUGAUACACCAACGCUACAUAACGUCGCGGCCGGGCAUCCAGCAGAUGGCCGAGAAGUACGAGCUGCAGCACUUUGGCGUGUGUCCGCGGGUGCACUGCAACGGGGCCAAGGUGCUGCCGGUGGGCUGCAGCGACACGCCGGGCCAGGAGACGGUCAAGCUGUUCUGCCCGGCCUGCCUGGACGUCUACACGCCGCCGAAUUCGCGCUUCCAGACGGUCGACGGCGCCUUCUUCGGCACCACGUUUGGCUGCCUCUUCUUCAUGACCUUCCCCGAGCUGGACAUUGGCGCGCCCCGCCUCAACGCCCACGCCCAACAAGCCCACCACCACGCCCACCUGCACCCGGCCGCCGCCCAAGCCCAAGCAAGCGACGACCGCCUGGCCGCCCUGGCCGACUCGUCCAGCACCACGUCCAACAGCGUCAAGUCGCGCGCCUCAUCCGCCAGCACGGCAACGACGAGCCUGCCCCCGCAACCGGCCCUCAUCAACGGCGUAGCUCCGCAAAACCUCGCCCCGGGCCUGGGCCAAGGCAACAUCUACGAGCCGCGCAUCUACGGCUUCCGCGUCAGCGAGCGCGCGCGCUCGGGCCCGCGCAUGAAGUGGCUGCGCAGCCGGCCCGCCGACGUCAACGAGCUGGACGAGGCGCGCAUCUUCCACGAGGAGCGGCGCAUGCUGGUCGCGGCGGGGGAGGAAGGCGAGGAGGAGGAGGACGACGACGACGACGACGCCGCUGAAGGCGAGGACAGCGCGAUGACGGACGCGGCGACGGGCGUGCCGGUCCCGCCCAGGAAGAAGGCCGUUGCGAGACGGAGGGGUGCCGGCGCUGCGGCUGCUGCGGCUGCUGUCGCCGCUGAGGCCGGCGGUCGUGGCUCCCCGAUGGAUACGAAUGGCGUCGGUGAGGCGGGCUGACUAGCUGUUGUGCCGUGGAGGUAGGGCGUGUACACUCGCGUGGGCUUACUGCUGGGUUCUUUCUCUCGGCACUGAUGGGCAUGACGGUGAGAUGGAGGGUGGGUGGAGCGAGGAGGCUACCACGUCUCUUCUGUUGUCUCUACGGCGGCUGGGGGAGGUGGGAGGUGUGAAUUCGGAUGUGGGUGUGCAAUGCAAUGCUGUGCAGUGCAGUGCAGUGCGGUGCGGUGCGGGGGAGCAGAUAUACGAUAGGUAUGAGGG